CUGAAGUCUGUGACCGUCGCAGCCAACUCCCGGCAGCAGCCCGGGACGCAGCGAGCCAUCGGCCCGCCACAAACCCCCCUCCCAGCUGGAGGGCGAGGCCAGCUGUGCCUGCCCCAGCGCCCUUUCUCGGCCACAGGCGUCUGUCCUCCGGCCCGGGGCUCCCGCGCCCGAUCGGGGUUCAUGGAGCUGGGGCUUUGGUUCCUUUUCGGGCUCACAGUGACCUCCGCCGCAGGAUCGGUGCCAAGCCCCCAGCCUGGGGACACUGGCAGGAGCGGCGAACCCCGGGCCCCCUCUGCAGCCAGAUCUGAGGGGGACACGGAGGAGACUGUGGCCACAGCGGCAGUGCGGGGUCCAAGCCCCGGAAGCCAUGGGCAGGAGCAAGGACCAGGUCAGUUUGGGGAGCAGGCAGCCAAAGGGGACCCCGUGCACCACCGAGCCCGGCGCUGUACAUGCCUUACCUACAAGGACAAGGAGUGUGUCUACUAUUGUCACCUGGACAUCAUCUGGAUCAACACUCCUGAACGGACUGUGCCCUAUGGACUGUCCAACUACAGAGGAGCUUCCGGGCCAGGCGGUCGGCGGGGCCGACGGCACCUUUCCGUCCUGCUGGCUGUGGUCCUGCGGGCAGGGGAGGAAGUGCGGGGGCUGCGCGGGGAGAUGUGGUCCCUCGGCUCCCGGAGGGUGAGGGGUGCGAUAUCCCGUUCCCUCGCUGCCUUCCAGAACAUCACCCACAACGUGGCCACGGCCGUGUCUGGUCUCCAGACGGAUCUCUUCUGA